AUGGGACUGCGGACGGAAUCGCUCGGAGGGGCCGCGCGCUUCUCUUGGACCUCGUGGAUUCCACCCCGCGAUCCCAGAACAGCGGACUGGCCGUUCAUCGGGAACCUUCCGUUCGUGCUCAUGUUGACGCUCGGUUACUGUUACAUCGUUAAGGUUGCCGGACCCCGAUGGAUGGCCGACCGACCCGCUUUCAAUGUCAAGCCCCUGGUUCAGCUAUACAAUAUCAGCAUGGUUCUCUUCAAUCUGGCUUUCAUGAUACAGUUCCUAAGGCACAGCUACCUUGGCGGAGGCUAUAAUAUUUUCUGUCAAGGGAUGACGCAUUCGACCGACGAGAACUCGAUGAAAGUACUGAGUCUUUGCUAUUGGUAUUUCUGGGUCCGCGUGGGCGACUUCCUUGAUACUCUCUUCUUCCUCCUUCACAAGAAGUUUUCACACAUCACAACUCUGCACUACACCCAUCACGCUCUCGUGGUCUGGUCUGGUUGGCUCUGGCUCACCUACGGGGCGGACGGCCAGACAUUGCUCGGAUUGAUCGUGAACUCCGGUAUCCACGUCGUCAUGUACACUUACUACUUCUUGGCUGCACUCGGUCCGCACAUGCAACCCUACCUCUGGUGGAAGAAGUACAUCACCAAAGCCCAGAUCACCCAGUUCGUCUUCCUGAUGAUCCAUAUCCUCAUCCCCCUCGUAUACGACUGCGGUUAUCCCAAGGGAAUGAUCUACCUGGCUUUCUCGCAGGGAGCGUUGGGCCUGACCCUUUUCAUCAACUUCUACAUCCAAUCAUACAUCAAGAAGGAGCCCAGGAAGGAGGUCCGAGAUAAUGAGGCGAAACCCAUCGAUUGCCAACCCGAUAAGACAGUCGAUGAGGCAGAUCAUCGAAAAUCUAAGAGAGCCUGAAUCCAAAUCUCGAGUGAAACUAGUCCGGAUUUCAAUCCUAUCGCCAUAGUCCUUAUCCGUCUUGCACAAGC